CUAAUACAAAUUAAAUAUUUUGUAAACAAUAAAAUUUAAAACAACUUUUUAUUUUUUUCAUAAAGGUUAACCAUAUCGACUAGUUAUAAAAGUGUUACUUAAACAGUUACUUAAACAUUGUUGAAUUUGUGUUUAUGAAUUAAAAGUAUAAAAUGAAUCAAAUGAGCAUGCAUAGUGGAAUGAACCCUGGUCCACCUAUGGGUGCUGCACCGCCCAUGCAAAUGCCAGUAUGCGGUCAGAUAAUGCAGCAACCUCCUCAUCAAAUGGCACCAGCUCCCAUGCCACAGCAAACCCAACAGGACAAAAUGGAUAAUAUUACAAAGGUUAAAACAUUGAUGAGUUCCUUGAGAGAAUGUCUACCUGUGACAUUAAAAUCAGCGGCCCAAAUAUUACAUCACAAUCACAAUGUGGACUCAAAUACUCAAAAAUCCAUCGAGCCUCCAGGUGCAAGGUUUGACAAAAAUUUAGAAGAAUUUUUUUCACUCUGUGAUCAAAUGGAGCUUCAUUUGAGGACAGCAACAUCAUGUAUUCAACAAGCUCAGUCGGCAGCGCACUAUCUUCCGCUUACUGUUAUACCAUCAAGAAUGGAUUCCGGGCCCGUACAAGAAACAACACUAAGCUACCCUCAAUAUUUGAACACUGUAAGACUUCAAAUCGCAUAUGCGAAAGAUAUACACGACACUCUUGUUGCUGCUGCACAAAACAUAUCACCUACAGAAUAGUAUAUACGGUUUUCAAUUUCUUACAUCAAAUGAUUCAAUAUUAUAAAUUCGAGAAGCCCAAUCCGGGUAAAAUCUUCUAUCUGAACACAAUAAAAAAGAAUACUUUUUAUAAGGAAAACGUGAGAUCCGCAUAACUGAACGGAAGAACCUGACAGAAACAACAUCGUAUUGACACAUGAAGAAUCAAGAGUGGAUUUAUGUCAAAGCUUAGGUUUUUAUGAAUGAGUAAACUUACACGUUUGUAUGUUUAUAAUAUACAAACGUGUAAGUUUGCGACGUUAAUACGAAUAUUUGUCAAAAUAGUAGUAAAGUUUGUACUGUACGCAUUCAUCUAUGAAAUAAAAAACAAAUUGUUUU